AUGUCGGAUUCUCAGACGGUGCCGGCUGUGACGGCGUCACUUUUCGUCGGCGACCUUCACUCCGACGUAACCACUGAUCAACUCUAUGCGGCAUUUUCGGAAUUCAAGAGCCUCGCUUCCGUUCACAUCUGUAAAGACUCGGUCACAGGGAAGUCCCUCUGUUACGGUUACGUCAACCUCACCUCUCGUCAAGAAGCAAUUUGUGCUAUCGAGCUGAAGAACAAUUCUUUACUCAAUGGAAAAGUGAUAAGGGUCAUGUGGUCAAGUCGUGAUGUAAGGAAAAGUGGCAAAGGGAAUGUGUUUGUUAAGAACUUAGCAGAAUCGAUAGAUAAUGUGGGACUGCAUGAUUUAUUUCAAGAAUAUGGGAAUAUUUUGUCUAGCAAAAUUGUCAUGUCUGAAGAUGGGAAGAGCAAAGGGUUUGGUUAUAUCCAGUUUGAUUCAGAGGAGUCUGCAAAUGAUGCUAUCCAGAAAAUGAAUGGCUCUACUGUGAGAGAUAAGCAGAUAUUUGUUGGGAAAUUUAUCAGAAAAAGUGAGCGCUCUUUUGCUGACCCUGAUGCCAUAUAUACAAACUUGUACGUUAAGAAUUUGGACCCAGUUAUUACCGAAGCACAUCUUAAAGAAAAGUUCUCCUCUUUUGGAAAAAUUAUUAGCUUGGCUAUUGCAAAGGAUGACAAGGGGUUGUCAAAAGGGUUUGGAUUUAUAAACUAUGAAAACCCGGAUGAUGCAAGACGAGCAACGGAAGCAAUGAAUGGAACACAAUUUGGUUCAAAGAACUUGUAUGUUGCAAGGGCACAAAAAAAGGUUGAACGUGAGAAGAUCUUGCAUCAGUGGUUUGUGGAAAGAUGCAUGGAGAAAAACUUAAAAUACAAGGGAUCAAACAUUUAUGUGAAGAACAUUGAUGAUAGUGUUAGUGACGAAAAACUAAGGGGUCAGUUUAGUGCAUGUGGCACAAUAACUUCUGCAAAAGUUAUGCGAGAUGAGAAAGGAAAAAGCAAAGGGUUUGGGUUUGUCUGUUUCUCUACCCUGGAUGAGGCUGUUAAGGCUGUAAACAGUUUUCAUGGGCGCAUGUUCCAUGGAAAACCACUGUAUGUUGCUUUUGCUCAGAGGAAAGAUGUUAGGCAAAGCCUAUUGCAGCUCCAGCAUACUCAAAAACCAGCCGGAUUAGCUGGACCUUCCACUGCUGUUACCCCCGGUGCACUUUCUCCUAUCAUCCACACCGGUGUUGUUUAUCAUCACCCUAUGGGUUCUACAGCAUUUUAUCAUUCAUCGGGUUCUAUUAUUUCCAACAAAGCUACUACGCAGCAAUGGAAAAACAUGAGCUGGAUGAUUGGCAAUACAGAUUCAAAAGAGUCAAGUACUCAUUCAGGACAAGCAAAGCAUGUGGCCAGUGGAUGGCAGCAGCAGGAGAUGGAAGAACAAUCUGGAAUUUCACCUGCCAUGCAGUUUCUUGAUCAGAGGACCCAUGUUUCUGGCCAGGACGUACUUCAUUCAGAUUCUAUUUUAGCCAAGGUUUCUAUCAUCUGA